AUGGCCCCUCCACAAGGGCAGACCACAUAUAAGAAACAGCCCGGGGUCCUAUCAAUCUCCAAAGACAGGAAGUCCGUGUCAUGGACUCCAGCCCAGCCGCCAGAUGCGGCUCCGACCCUGGUGCUGUCUGCGGCGAAUAUUACGAACCUCCAACAGACGCCCGAGACGAAUCCCAAAGUGAUGCUCAAAAUAUUUGCGCAGGAUCCCGGGCAGUCAGAACCAGUCGCCCAUGUCUUCACUUUUACGUCUUCCAAAGAUCCACGGGGUGAGGCCAACGGCAUCAAAGAGGCUCUGGCAAAUGUCAUUCAAGCACAGAAGGCGGCUCAAAAUGCUGCUGCCACUGCCUCGGCGGGCCAGUCCGCUGCCAUGACAAUGGCCAACGCCAUUUCCGGCAUUGGCCGAGCAACUAAUAUCUGGGAAGACGAUGAGCGGCUCAAGUCCGACAUCAAGCUCCAGCAAUCCUUAAUGCAAGAAGAGCCAAUGUUGCAAAAGACAUUCAAGGAAGCGGCUAGUCUCAAGCCCGAGUCAAUGUCCGAUGCACAAUUUAGAACCCAAUUCUGGUCCUCCCGAGUGCAUCUCCUCCGAGCCCACGCCCUCUCCAAGAGUCAAGGGAAAGGCAGCUUCAAUGUUUUGGCCGGGAUCAGAAAGGAUGAUGGUGGCAAGAUGAGCCUUAGGCAAGACCAGAUUCGCGCCAUUUUCGAACAAUACCCGGUCAUGCGAAUCGUCUAUGACGAACUUGUGCCACGCAAGAUCGCUGACGACAAAGAUUUCUGGUCGAGGUUUUUCCAAAGCCAGCUGCUCAUGAAACUUCGUGGUCUCAAAUUCGAUCCAGUGAGGGAAUCCAGGGAUCAAUAUAUCGACGUCGACCAUUACCUGAACCACCCCUUGGUUACUGGUCUGCGGCCCACAGCAACCGAGAUGCACAUUCCCAAGUUUAUCGACCUGGAGGGAAACGAGGAGAAUUACUUUGGGUACGGCAAUCGACCCGAGACGGAGCUGCGGCCGACAAUGCUAGACAAGGCGCCCAUUAUUCGGAAACUCAACGCGAUCAGUGAGAAGCUCAUGGCAGCUGUCAAACCCUCCGACGUUGAUGCAUCUGCACCGAUUGGCAUGACCGAGGCCGCGUAUGAACAGCUCAAGCUCCGCGAUUUGGAAGGUAAUCCAGAACAACAACGCAUCAUUCUCAACAUCCGCGAUCAGAGCCGCUUCUUCUCCGACGGUCAAGCUGGUGCAAGUACCGCCGUUGAAAGCAACCCAUUUCGAAACAUCGAUCCCGCUAAAGCGAUUAAAGACGCGCACGCCGAUAUAUCCACGCAUUUCUCUCAGCCUGGCGUUGGUGUCAUUCCUAUCGGUGAGUUCGAAGAGGACGAAGACGAAGAGAUGGAUGACGACUCUUCUCCAAAGAUGGAAAGCGGUUCCUCAGUUGCGAUGAAACAUGUCCUCUCCCUCAUCCGAGCCCACCGGGACCAGACCUCAGCGAUACCAGAGGCCUCUGGGCUCAGCACGGAACUCUACGACCGACUCACCCUCACACACGCCACAACGGUGGAAUUCCUACGGCAGUUCUGGAACGCAUUUCUGUCCGGAGACCCAUCUCGCGCGAAUGAACUGGCCAGUCUGGUCGAAAGCCUCAAUCGGGCACUGGAGCGUGUUAAUGCCAUUGCUGAGGAUGCGGAGAAGGAAAGGCAGGAAAUCAUCCGAGCAAAGGAAAAGGAGCUCAGUGAACGACCUGAUAGGUCAGGCAGAAGACAUAAAUUUCAUCACGGUUCGGUCAAGGGCGGACGGCAUGUCGUCAAGCAGUUGCUUGGACCUAGCGUCAAAAGUUUGGAUAUUGCGGUGAGGAGGUACAAGCAAGCCUAUGAGGACCAGGUCAAGAAUACCGGCGAGGGAUGA